CGGGAAAUCAUCAUAACGAAGUAUCAAACUUAAAGCUCAUGUCUAAGCUCCGAUGACGUAUUUCCUCUCUUUCCUCGCCUCGUUUGCUUCAUCUCCCUUCGCGAUGAUCCCCAACCUCUCGCACUACCUCACGGGCAUUUUAACAUUACAAGGUGCCCUUGGAAACCCCAUUCCGAAAGAUCCAUGGUUGGGAAAUGGAGAUUCAAUAUCGAGAGCGCAUCUAGAGGAAGGUCAUUUAGGAGCAGUGGCUUCCGAGAGUGACAUAUGUAGUAAGAUCGGAAUUGAUCUAUUAAAGAAGGGAGGAAACGCGGCCGAUGCAUUGGUAGGGACAGUAUUUUGUGUGGGAGUGGUAGGGAUGUAUCAUUCUGGUCUCGGCGGAGGCGGGUUCAUGCUCGUCCGCGCCCCAAACGGAACCUACGAAUUUAUCGACUUCCGAGAAACCGCACCAGCGGCCGCCUUUGAAGACAUGUACAAAACCAACAUAAAUGAAUCCCUCUCUGGUGGUCUAGCAUCCGGCGUACCCGGUGAAGUCCGCGGCCUCCAACAUCUCCACGAGAACUAUGGCGCUCUCCCUUGGUCUGACGUUGUGCUGCCUGCUGUUAAAGUAGCCCGCUAUGGGUGGACUGUGAAUCAAGACCUGGUUAAUUAUAUGGUUAGCGCCAUUGGAUCUGGAGGAGAGAAUGGGACUGGAAACUUCUUAGUUAGGGACCCUGAGUUUGCCAUGGACUUUGCACCAAAUGGUCGACUUGUACGACUCAAUGAAACGAUUACCCGGAAACGCUAUGCAGAUACCCUCGAAACUAUCGCUAAUGAAGGACCCGACGCUUUCUACUCGGGACCCAUUGCAGAAGCUACCAUCCGCACCUUGCAAUCCGCAAACGGAACUAUGACACUGUCGGACUUAAAAAACUACACCGUAGCAAUCCGCAAACCCUCGACCAUAACCUACCGCGACAAAUACCGACUGACAGCCUGCAGCGCGCCCUCAGGAGGCGAAGUGGCGCUUUCCGUUCUCAAAACCAUGGAAGGAUAUUCUGCUGUAGGGUCACCCGCCAAUAUAAACCUCACCACGCACCGUCUAGAUGAAGCUAUUCGUUUCGCGUACGGGGAGCGCAGCAACCUCGGAGAUCCGCUGUUUCUCUCUGGCAUUGACAAAUACCAAGACGAAAUGAUCUCCGCAACCACAGCCGCCGAAAUCCGCUCCAAGAUCAGCGACACAGAGACAUACGAGGUAUCCUACUACAAUCCUACGGGCCUCGAAUCGCUCGACACACCAGGAACAUCGCACGUCGUGACCGCGGAUCAUACGGGUAUGGCAAUAAGCCUAACAACGACAGUAAACCUGCUCUUUGGUUCCAAACUCGUCGUCCCUGAAACAGGCGUUAUUAUGAAUAAUGAAAUGAACGAUUUCUCCAUCCCAAACAGCACGAAUGCAUUUGGCUACAUUCCCAGUCCCGCGAACUUCAUUCGCCCCGGAAAACGCCCGCUUUCCAGCAUCUCCCCCGUUAUCGUCGAACAUCUGAAUGUCUCAGACCCAGCGCACGCGCUUUACGUGUCCAUAGGGGCAGCAGGUGGAUCGAGGAUAAUCACAGCGACCAUUCAGAAUCUGAUCCACAUCUUGGAUGGAGGGAUGACGUCGCUUGAGGCACUUUCCCAGCCGAGGAUACAUGAUCAGUUGGUCCCGGCGUAUGUGAGUUUUGAAUGGGCGUUUGAUAAUGCUACGACGGCGUUUAUGAAAGAGAUUGGGCAUAAUGUUACGUGGGUAGCUCCUGGACAGAGCACCGCGCAAGGGCUGAGGAGGCUACUGAAUGGCACGUUCGAAGCCGCGGGGGAACCAAGACAGAAGAAUUCGGGCGGGUUUGCAGUUUGA